CACGACGCAAGCGGAAGGUAAUCCGGAUACAACAAUACACCACUUGUAAUCUAUGACAAAAUACCCCAGAUGGAGAAAAUUUAUGAAUGGUUACAUUUCAUUCUUCACGGCAUUUGAGACCUUCUGAUGGUACGGGCUACGUCCGGUAUUUCCCUCUCUUUCUUCUUAAAUAUAGGCUCUGAACAGCUCAUCUCACCAUGAGCUAUCCGAGGGAAAUUUCCGACGCCAAUCCGGACUAUGGCAGUGAUGGGCGGAAGAUGGACUCGCCCAAUGCGUGGCCCCCAGAUAGCAAGGCGCUCCCCGACGCAAUAGAUGACGGGGAGCAGCAGAUCAUCGAGGCUGGUGAGGCGAAAUAUCAUCGCUUGGGGUGGAAACGUCUGACCAUCAUGCUGAUUGUGGAGGCAAUUGGUCUCGGGGCCCUGUCAAUUCCCUCCGCCUUUGCAACCUUGGGCAUGGUGGCUGGUGUGAUCUGCUGCGUGGGAAUUGGUUUAAUCGCCAUCUAUACUUCCUAUGUCAUUGGCCAGGUGAAACUUGCCUUUCCCGCCGUCCGACACUACGGCGAUGCCGGUGGUUUAUUAAUGGGCCGCGUGGGCAAUGAACUGUUCACCACAAUGCUGGUUCUGCAGCUGGUCUUCCUCACCGGUUCCAAUUGUUUAACCGGCACCAUUGCAUUUCGCCAUUUGGCCCAAAAUGAACAUGUCUGCUCGGUGGUGUUUGGCGCGGUCUCGGCCAUUAUCCUCUUACUCCUCUCUAUCCCGUCGUCUUUUGCCGAUAUGGCCUUCCUAGGCUACAUUGACUUUGUAUCGAUCGUAGCUGCCAUUGGCAUCACAAUUAUCGCGACAGGUAUCAAAGGCACUGAGGCAGGGCUGUCUACGGUCGACUGGUCGGCACUUCCCCAAGGCAAUCCAAGCUUCUCGGAUGGAUUUAUUGCUAUUAGCAAUAUCGUGUUUGCGUACACCUUUGCCAGCUGCUUGUUUUCUUUCAUGGAUGAAAUGCAUACCCCGAAGGAUUUUACUAAAUCAGUGUGGACGCUUGGCAUCCUUCAGAUCGUGAUUUAUACAAUCACGGGAGCGACGAUUUACGCCUUUGUGGGCCACAAAGUUGAUUCUCCUGCCUUGCUCUCGGCUGGUUCAAUAGUGAGCAAGGUUGCCUUUGGGAUCGCCCUACCGGUUAUUUUUAUCUCCGGAGCGAUUUGCACGAUUGUGGCGGGACGUUUAAUCCAUGGUCGCAUCUACGAAAAAAGUGUCACCCGCUAUGUGAACACCACCAAGGGCUGGAUUACUUGGCUGGCUUUGAUCACCGUUCUCACAAUUCUCGCCUGGAUUAUUGCAGAGGCAAUCCCUUUCUUCGAUGACCUGUUGUCUAUAAUCUCCGCGCUUUUUACUUCUGGAUUUUCGUUUUAUCUUCCUCCUAUUAUGUGGUUUGUCCUUAUCCGCAAAGGCAGCUGGUAUUCCAAGGAAAACCUUUUUCUCAGCAUUGUGAAUUUCUUGGUCUUUAUUUUUGGCCUGGUUGUGUUGGUUGGAGGACUUUAUUCAAGUAUUCAGGACAUAAGAAACAAUUACCGCAUUGGCAACGUCCGUGGGGCAUUUAGUUGUGGAGCAGUCUAGGGUCUUUUGCUCUUGUAUCAUCUCGAUAUACCCAACGUUCGCAUUAGCCCUUUUUCUAUGGACAUCGCGUGUCAUCUGUUCGUUGAGGGAGUGUGCUUCCUUCAACAUAUCCUCAAUGGAUAACCGAGCAGUGAGCCAAGAAACACCGCGGGAAAAGAACAUGUACAUACAUACACGACAUGAACAGCAUAUAGUUACAGCUUGAUUUCUGUGUCAAAAUUAGAGUCCUCAACCGGGCUCGGCGAGCCACCGUUUGCAGGUUAAGUUGGGUGAACUUUCGGCAAGCCGAACCCGGGUCGAGCUCGGGCAAUAGGCGAGCUAUCUCGCUCGAUCGUUUCAGUCGGCAAUUUCAGAUCGGCCAC